AUGGGGGAAGCGCUGUGUGUAAAUGCUCUCAAACCUGGAUCAUGCUGUUGCUGUUCAGAGAGAAAGGGCUCUCAACGCAGCCAGAGUACCCAGUCCGUGGAAGUGGAGUCUAUGAUGGAGUUACCAGAUCUGAACAGAGUGCCACAUCCCAUGGAUUCACUCCAGUGGUUCCAAACACUCCAGCUACAAAAGUCUGGGAGGAAGAGACCACGGAGUAACAGCGAACCUUCCCAAGAGACAGAUUUUGUGAAGAGAUUCCAGUGGAGACAGGGCCUCCCAUUUGGAACGGCUUCAUCCUACUUGAAUCUGGAGAAGCUGUGCGAAGGUUCUUACUCUACAGUUUACAAGGGGAUUAGCAGAAUAAAUGGCCAGUUGGUGGCUUUGAAAGUAAUCAGUCUGGAGACAGAGGAAGGAGUGCCUUUUACCGCCAUCCGAGAAGCUUCUCUUCUCAAGAGUCUGAAACAUGCCAAUAUUGUGCUCCUGCAUGACAUUAUCCAGACAAAGGACACGCUGACAUUUGUCUUCGAGUACAUGCACACGGAUCUGGCACAGUAUAUGGCCCAGCAUCCUGGAGGACUUCAUGCUCACAAUGUCAUGCUCUUCAUGUUCCAACUUUUGCGAGGCCUGGCUUACAUCCACCAACAACACAUUCUUCAUCGUGAUCUGAAACCCCAGAACUUGCUCAUCAGUUGCCGGGGUGAGCUCAAAUUAGCUGACUUUGGUCUUGCUCGUGCCAAGUCCAUCCCCAAUCAGACAUACUCCUCUGAGGUGGUGACACUCUGGUACCGUCCUCCUGAUGUGCUCCUCGGAGCCACUGAUUAUUCUUCUGAUUUGGAUAUCUGGAGUGCAGGCUGUAUAUUGGUUGAAAUGCUCCAGGGUCAACCCAUGUUCCCAGCAGUUACUGGUACUCUGGAACAGCUGGAGAAGAUCUGGGCGGUGUUGGGGAUUCCAACUGAGGAUACCUGGCCAGGACUUUCCAAGCUUCCCAACUAUAAACCAGAAUGGUUUCCCUUGCCUGCGCCUGAAAAUCUACACACUAUCUGGCUUGGACCCAUCUCUGGUGCAAUUUAUUUCUCUUGCUUUUCUAGGCUGGGCCGGGUGCCAGGAGCUGAAGACCUGGCAUCGAAAAUGUUAAAAGCUUUUCCUCGAGAGCGGGUCUCUGCACAGGAUGCACUUGUUCAUAACUUCUUCAGUGCUCUGCCAUCUCGGCUGUAUCAGCUUUGUGACGCACAGUCACUGUUUACAGUUCCAGGAGUGAGGCUGCAGCCAGAAAUCUGUGACCUAUUUGCUCCUUACCAGAAGGGUCAUCGCCAAGCCAGUUCAAGCAAGUUUUGGUGAAAAACAAGAAUCUUCAACGGCCUUUUAGAAAACAACAUCAG